UGUGGAUUAGAUUAUGAAAACAAGCCUUGGGUGGAGUUCAGUCUCGACAUACAGUAAUAAGGGUUUAGGAUUUGUCUUUUACUCACAGUGAUGUUUUAUAUCCAAUUAACAGCAUAUAAAAUGAUAUCUCUUUUGUCAUGUGAUUCUGGGAUGUGGACAUGGUCUUGACCUUCAGCAGUGGACGGAGAAGAAGUGAUACAGAGUUGUAUCCUUCCCUGAAAUGCCUUCACUUUCUUAUUAAUCAUUAUCAGAUGCCUGAGGACUCAGCACACUGUUUUCUGUUUCAGAGAUUUUAUGUUGAGUGUCAGAAGAGCGAGGGCGGGAUGAAGCGAAAAAUGUGGGGGUUGUGAGUUGGGGUUGAUGUGAGAAAAACAAUACUUUCUACACAGUUCAAUCGACACGUUCCUUCUCUUUGGACUGCUCUUAUUUUCCCACAAAAACCCUAAUAUAUUUUGCUGGUCCCUUUACAUUUGAGAUCACAUAACGCUUUGACUCUCGAUUCUUUGAUUCUGCAUUACUUAUUGAAGCAGAGCCUCUAGCAAGCUUUUGCAUUCAACUUCCUGUGUCCUUGAUAUCCAGUUGUUUAUAUACAUGCCUUGCCAUCACUUAGCCUGUCUGUUUGCCUCACUUCUGCUUUCGAGAAGCACAAGCACGUCAUGUCAAACAGGAGGAUUCAAUCCAGCCACUUAGUAUAAAGUAUAAUGCAAGCAAGAGGAGAUUUUCCCAGCCGUCUGUCUGUAACCUCUUGUCAUCAUUCAGCUUUAUGGUUCACAAGCUACCGCUAGCCCUAAUCAGCCCUGUGUGUGUCAGUGUGUUUUGUGUGUCAUAAGGAGAAGAUCAGUGUUCAAUUUGCCCAGAGGCUGUCAAUGCAUUGUGGGUAUCAGUGGGGAAUUUAGUAAUGUUAUGAACCGGCUGAUUUGGGAAACCUCAUCGCUAGCUCCACACCCUUUUAAAACCAUUACUCCCGCAGGCAAACACGUGUGGAAUUCCUUUUCUAGCUGAGCAGGGUUGAGGUCAGAGACAGAGAGAGAGAUCAGUUUCGAGGAAGAAUCCCCCUUCGGUCAAGAAAGAAAAGCCCACAUGAAAGACAGUGCAACAUGGGAAGGGAGCCGUUUCCUCUUCCACCAGCUCCUGCUCCUGCGUGUUUGGAGACUGAAAGUUACUAUGAAGAUCCACAACCCUAUGAUCCCAUUAGCAUCAAUGAUACAGAACCGGUGAGCAGUUCAUACGAGUCCUAUGAUGAGGAAGAAGUGACGAAGGGUAAGUCCACUGCGCAGCACCAGUGGCCGUCUCCUGAGGCAUCCAUCGAGCUAAUGAAAGAUGCACGCAUCUGUGCCUUCCUCUGGAGGAAGAAGUGGCUCGGCCAGUGGGCCAAACAGCUGUGUGUCAUUCGUGAACAUCGUCUCUUGUGCUACAAAAGCUCAAAGGAUCAGACUCCACUGCUGGAUAUCAGUCUGCUGGGCUGCAGUGUUGUUCACAAAGAGAAACAGACUAAGAGAAAAGAGCACAAGCUAAAAAUAACCCCACUGGGUGGAGAAGCCAUCGUCCUGGGACUGCAGAGCAAAGAGCAGGCUGAACAAUGGCUAAAGGUUAUUCAAGAAAUUAGUCCGAAGAAUACUGCAGGAUCUGCUGAUGUUACUGACUCUCCAACACUCAUCUGUACAAAGGGUGAGCAAAGCGAGAGACAUUCAGUGGCAUCUGAGAGUGGGAGCAGCACAGACAGUCACACAGAGAACCUGGAGAACAGAGAUGUUAAGAAGAAAUAUGGCAAGUUUAGUAACCUUAUGAACAUUGGAAAAAAGAAGGUUUCCUCUUUGGAAAGUCCGGAGAAGGCUGUGGAUACGUCAGGCUACCUAAACAUCCUGGUCAACACCCAGUGGAGAAGCAGGUGGUGCUCUGUGAGGGACAGGCAGCUUUGGAUCUACAGCGACAAAAGCAAGAACAAAGUGUCCCAGCAGCCAGUGGCUCUGGAGGGGUGCAUGAUCCUGCCAGACCCCAGCCCUGAGCACCUGUACUCAUUCCGCAUCCAAAUUGAUGGAGAGGAGCUCGCAACCCUAGAAGCUAAGUCCUCUGCUGAUAUGGGCCACUGGCUAGGGCUCAUACUGUCACAGACAGGCACCAAAACAGACCCAGAAGAUCUCACCUACGACUAUGUGAACUCUGAGAGAAUAUCCAGUAUUGUCAAUGCUGCCAGGACGUCCAUGUAUCUAAUGCAGAGGAGGUACUCAGAGCCCAACACAUACACAGACAGCCUUCCGUCAGACCCUCAUACCUGUGACGACAUAUACGAUGAUGUGGCAUCCACAGAGAACGAACAGGAGGAGGUUCAAGAGGUUCAGAAUGGCAGCGAGGAGGUAACAGCAAGCAGCGAGGAGAACGGGAAGGAGCGAGUGUAUCUGGACCUGAUCCCGGUUCGCUCCUUCCUGCACACGAGCUCGGGCAGAGUGUCACCUCAGACGUCCAACAUCGUACAGACAGAGCUCAGUCCCUCAGCUGCUCCCCAGGAGGAUCAGCUACACCCUAAGGAGAAUGAAACAAUUGAAACCUCAUUACCGCGCAGCACAGAGAACCUCGAUCCUCCACCUGUUGCUCUUAGAGUGAACAAAGACCCCUCUCCAGCCCCCAACCUGCACGUCCAGUCUCAAAGAAUCAGUUUCCUCAGUCUGGAAACCCAAAAGAGGGCCUCUCCCUCCUCGAUGCCAUCCCAAACCCAAACCCUACCCCAUACAUCUACACAGGCGCCCCAGAGUCCACCCAUCUCCAGAGGAAGAGCCGCCAGCACAGACAGAUUUCUCGAUAAACUCAAAUUCUCUCCAGCAGCAGGCCCAGGGUCGGUUGAGGUGAAAUUAGGGAAGAACAGGACGGAAGCCGAUGUGCGUCGUUACACCGACGAGAGAGACAGGCUGGAACGAGAGAGGGAGGAGGUUAAAAACACUCUGGCCAAACUGAGGAAAGACAGACGAGAGGUGAAAGAGGAGCUGAGCUCCUGCCAAGAGCCCACUCAGCAGGCCUCUCUGGAGGCUCGUCUGAAGCAGAUGGAGGAGACGUGUCGUGAGGCAGAGCGUCGGCGAGUGGAGGUGGAGCUUAGCCUGAUGGAGGUGAAGGAGAAUUUGAGAAAAGUGGAAGCCGGGCCCUUUACACUGGGCACCACGGUAGAUAGCAGUCUACUGGAAACUUCAACGCCCAAGAUGGCACCUGUAUCCAGCCCUGCUCCAAAUCCACCCACCAACACCGCCAACAAUGGAGAUUCACCUGUCAACUCCGCCACAGCGCUGAAGAACAGACCCCUGUCCAUCAUGGCAUCCGGCAAAGGAAACGUUCUGCAGAAGGCCAAGGAGUGGGAGAAAAACUACUCCAACUAACUAGUGGAAGGGGAACAGACAGCACAAAUUAACUUUUUAGCCAAAGCUCAAAGGACUGCUAAGGCAAAUGCUUCAAGCAUGGAGGGAGAGAGAGAGAGAGGGUGUGUCCAAUGACCUGCAGGCUCCGCCUCUCUAAACAUCACCUUCCACUCAUCCCUGCUUCUCUGCAUUCAGAGGCUGAGAUGGUACUGGGUACAUGCAGGCAGCUGAUCCAAUACAAUAUUUUCUGUUCCCUGCCAAAUAACGCCACUGGACGACAAUAGAUUGUAAAUCUAUUCAAGUCGAUUUUAUGUAAGAGAAAGGAAGGGAAUAAAUAAUAUAACUCUUCCAGUGGUGUGCACAUUAAUUGAUGGAUGUUUCACAAGCUUGAGAAGAGACCAAAAAACUAUUUGGCGAGCUUCGAGAACCACUAUUUUUAGAUUGGAACAUUUCGAUUCAAAUAUUCGUAGAUCAGCUAUUUGGCAAAAUCUGGUACAUUGUAGCUUGGUUCAUGUAUGCUGGUAACCAAGAUGUGAAUAUAUAUUACAUAUCCGUUCAGUGUUUUUUGAUUUGUUACUGUACGCUAGCUGAAACAUGCACUUUUUAUUCCAAUAAAAGUUUGUACUGACAACAA